UCGAAAGAGAAGCUAGCUGACAAACGACAGAAAAGCAUCGACUUCACUAAAAUGAAAGAAGAGCAACGCACACAAGCAGUGGAAACUUCGCCACAAAGAAUAUUAGUCUCAAAAGAACGUGGCUCAAUACAGCAGAAAUUGACCUCGAAAGAAUAUUGCUCAGAAGAGCGGAAGUUCUCAGCGUCUAAGGAAUCGGAAGCAGUGGGCUCGAAAGAAGCUCACGAAAACCCUCCACAAAUUGGGACUGUCAAAAACGAGCGUGAUGAGCAGAUGGGUGGAUACCUAUCCGCCGGGCCAGAUGAUCGAGCAUUCACUCUCCUUAUGCCAGUAGAACCGGUGCAGGAAAAAACUGAAGGAAAAAGCAUGUUUGGAGAAGUUAUUGAUCCUUUGAAAGAAAUUGACAAAUUUUCAGAACCAAUCGAGUCAACAGGAAAACGUGGUGGAGGUGGAACCAUUUUCACGGGUACCAUAUCUUUUGAAUAG